CGAAGGCCAAGCUUUCCUGCCGCUGGUCCUGGACUGGAGCGAGCGGCAAGGUUCGUGCUCUGGGGAAAGGCUCAGGUUAUUAGGUUCCUGCAAGUUGCUUGGGAGCUGACCAAGAUUUCAAGCUAAAGAUGGUGAUGAUGAGUCGCCUGGGCGUCAUUCUUCAAGCCUCUCCAUGCAAGGCACUGUGGAGAAGGUUCCAGAUGCCAAGGCCCACGCCUGCGAGGCCCUGCAGCCUCUACACCUGCACUUACAAAACCCGGAACCGAGCCUUGCACCCUCUCUGGGAGAGCGUGGACCUGGUCCCGGGAGGUGAGCGCCAGUCACCCAUCAACAUCCGGUGGAGGGACAGUGUCUACGAUCCUGGCUUAAAACCGCUCACCAUCUCUUAUGACCCGACCACCUGCCUCCACGUCUGGAAUAACGGGUACUCUUUCCUUGUGGAAUUUGAAGAUUCUGCAGAUAAAUCAGUGAUCGAGGGAGGACCCCUGGAACACAACUUCCGAUUAAAGCAGUUCCAUUUUCACUGGGGAGCCAUUGAUGCCUGGGGCUCCGAGCAUACUGUGGACAGCAAGUGUUACCCGGCAGAGCUGCACUUGGUGCAUUGGAAUGCAGUCAAAUUUGAAAACUUUGAGGAUGCAGCACUGGAAGAAAAUGGUUUGGCUGUGAUAGGAGUGUUUUUAAAGCUAGGCAAGCAUCAUAAAGAGCUACAGAAAUUGGUGGAUAUUUUGCCAUCAAUUAAGCACAAGGACACACUUGUGGAAUUUGGGUCAUUCGACCCUUCCUGUCUGAUGCCUACCUGCCCAGAUUACUGGACCUACUCAGGGUCCCUGACUACCCCGCCACUCUCUGAGUCUGUCACUUGGAUCAUUAAGAAGCAGCCUGUAGAGGUUGAUCAUGAUCAGCUUGAGCAAUUUCGGACCCUGCUUUUCACUUCUGAGGGGGAGAAAGAGAAAAGAAUGGUGGACAACUUCCGCCCCCUUCAGCCCCUAAUGAACCGCACUGUCCGCUCAUCCUUCCGUCAUGACUAUGUGCUGAACAUACAAGUAAAACCCAAGCCGUCUACCAGCCAAGUGAUCCCCUAAGACGCCAUUAUCUAGGUGGUAUCUUGCUUAAAUAUACUAGUUCUUUAAAAAUUGUUAACUAGACUCUUCUAAAUGUCUGCAUUUAAUAAUUAUGGAUGUGCCUUUCUUGGUAUGGCAGUGCACCUUAGUCUUUGAAGAAAGCUCUUUGGUAAACAAAUUCUUACUUUUAUUGAUAAUGAUGUUUAUCACUGAAGUACCAGCAAGAGACACAAGUUUCUCUUAUAGCAACCUGUUGGUAAUUGUAAUGUCUUUUUAUGUGUGACAUUUUUUAGCUUUUUUAUUGAUAUGUUUAUCAAUUGGUGGUUCUAUAGAGUUAUAAGUAGGGAUGAUAAUCAAAAUAUUUAACAAGUGGUAAGGCACAGACACUGACUAUCCAGAAUGCAGGCUUUUCAGAAAUAGCCACAGGACCCAGAUUGGUACUUCUUGGCUGAACAUUGGCUAUGGUUUUAGGUAUAUUUUAUUUUAAAACUUGAAUGUGUAUUUUUUUAUAAGGCCUUAUCAAUAGGUAUAUUUGCUUCGAUUUUCAGUUGUCAUUACUAGUACAUGAUAUGAUUACUUCUAUCAAUUUAUAAUAUAGAAAAAAUAUUUUGUAAUCCUAAAACACAAGGGUUUACUUAUAUCCAGAAAUCCUUUUGCAUUUCUGAAAGUCAGAUGUUUUACUUAAAGGCUUGACCAUAUAGAAAGUAUAUGCAGAACAUUUUAAAGAAAAUGCUUUAAGUGCCUAGAACUUAAAAUUUUUGCAUGAUCCAUUUACAGAAACAUUUUUCAAAAGACUAGUAAUAUAAUAGUCUAUGGUUUAUAGUAUGAUUUUGAAUUGUUUGUACAUUGUUUAAUAGAAUACAAUAAUAUUUUCCACGACAGAACUGUCUUGACUUCCCUUUAAAACUAUUUGAACUUUAUUUCAUUAGUUGAGGUUCUAUGCAAGGCAGGUGAUCAACAUAAAUCUCCUAAUUUAUACAGUGGUUUAGAAGACUUUUGAGGGGACCUCGCGGGUAGUUCAGUGGGUAAGACACUGCACUCCCGAUGCAGGGGGCCCGGGUUUGAUCCCUGGUCGGGGAACUAGAUCCCGCAUGCAUGCCACAACUAAGAGUUCUCACGCUGCAACUAAGAAGCCCACAUGCCACAACUAAGACCCAGUAGAGCCAAAAUAAAAUAAAUAAAUAAUAAAAUAAAUAUUUAGAAGACUUUUGCUACAAUCACAGGGAGAGAAACCUGUCAAAUAGACUACAGCCUAGAUAAUUCUACAUAUUCUGAGGAAUCCAUGCUACUGUUGCCCUUGCUUGUAAAUACGUGGAAUAGUUUUAAUUGCCUAUAAGCCUAUGUUCAAACUCAAUAUUGCAUUUACUAGUAUAUUUCUUUCAUUAGUAUGCUAGUCAUCCAAUCUGCAAGAUAAGGUUGGAUGAAUAUACUUAACACUACUGAACUAUACACUGAAAAAGGUUAAGAUGGUAAAUUUUAUUUUAAUGUGUAUUUUAUCAUAAUUAAAAAUAACUAAUAAAUUCAGUAGGGAAAAAAUAGGGUUGGAGUUGUAUGUGUAAGUUUGGGGGCAUAUCUCUGCUCUUAAAAAAGGAAAGGGGUAAAGGCAUUGCUUCUAGAGUGCAUGCCUUCUCUAGAAAAGGGAAGCAUACAUGAUCUAGGAAAUGAAUAAAAUUCUUUAAAAGAUUAAUAUGGGGAAAAAGUUAUGUUUAUUUUAUCUGUUUUAAGCCAUAGUUAUCUUUAAAAGGUAAACACACAAGAUAUGCAUUUUCCAGGGCACACAGGCUUCCCUCCUAGGUCUCUUGCAAAUUUUAGUGCAAAAUUCAACUGCAGUCAGUCUUCCAAAUUGGAGUGAGAACCAAUGCAAAGAACGUCUGACUCGCCCUUCUAUCUUAGAGAUAAAAAGGAUGUAUUCAUAGGGUGUGCCCCGGUUGGCCACCCCUGAUUAACUUAUAUCUGGUGUUCUGGUGUAGUUAUUAACAGCAGCCUCUUUCACUCUCAACCAUGUCCUGCCCUGCAUAAUAAAUUCUUGUUCAUCUUCUCUGCAGAGGUUAUGGAAACUGCCUUGGGGAUGUGGUUUUGUCCAUGCCUUAGUCAGGUGACCCCCAAGGGGGUGCUAUAAAUUCCCUGGCUACUGAUACACCCUCAGGGGAAACUUUUCAUGUCUUUUCUGCCUCCAAGAAGUGUUUCAGUCGUGCCUUCCUAAACAUGAAGGGGGGAAAUGGGCUUGAGAGCUGUCAAAGGGCUUGAGAAAGAAUUCUGUAUUAAAAUUGCUGCUCAUCUUCGUUACAUAAUAUAAUAAAACCCUUUCUUUACAAUAUUAGUAUUUGUUGAAUGACUUUUUCUUCCUACUAGUUUUUUUGAGUAUGUAAGAUGUCUGUAAAAUUAGCGAGACAACAUGUAGAUCAGUAAGUGACUGGAAAAC